AUUUCUUAGAAAAAAUAAGAAGGGAGCGUGUUAACGGAACGAUUUUUAUUUGUAAAUAAAGCUCAUCUUAAAAUGCAACGAUAAUAAAUGGCAUAGAAUAUAAAACAUAGUUAAUUAAUUAAUCAUGUGCUAGCAAAAAAUAUAUUAUCGCGUUCCAAAGCAUAAGCAAUUAACGAACAUGAAAAAGGAAAUAGCUAUGGUUAAAUUUUCGCAAUCUCGCGGCGUAUGGAUAUUGUCAUUGGCAGCCUUACUUUUGUGUUUGGUUAUUUUUUAUUUCUACGGUGGAUAUCUAACAAUAGCCUUAGUAACAACAGUAUUAACAACUAUAUUUUAUUAUGCUCAAGAUGUCUUGUUAUAUCAUCCCGAUUUGCCAGCUAAUUCGCGUAUUUAUGUUCCUAUACCCAGUAUGCAUAAUUUACCUUACGAGACUGUUAAUAUACAUACACCCGAUAAAGUAACAUUACACGCUUUCUGGAUUAGUAAUCAGAACGAGCGUUCAAAAAGUGUGCCGACUUUCGUCUAUUUGCACGGUAAUGCUGGCAAUAUGGGUCAUCGUAUGCAGAAUGUAUGGGGUAUUUUCCAUCAUUUAAAUUGCAAUAUAUUAAUGUUGGAGUAUCGGGGCUAUGGAUUAUCGACGGGAUCGCCGAGUGAACGCGGUUUAAUACUAGAUGCCAAAGCUGCCAUUGACUAUCUGUACACGCGUCACGAUCUAGACCAUACACAAAUAUUAAUUUUUGGGCGAUCAUUGGGUGGGGCCGUUGCUGUCGACGUGGCCGCUGACACAGUGUAUGGUCAAAAAAUUAUGUGUGCCAUUGUAGAGAAUACAUUUACUAGCAUAUCUGAUAUGGCAGUAGAGUUAAUACAUCCACUAGUUCGAUUUGUACCUUUAAUAUUAUAUAAGAACAAGUAUAAUUCCUUGUCAAAAAUACGUAAAUGUUCGGUACCGUUUCUUUUUAUAUCUGGAUUAGCAGAUAAUCUAGUACCGCCGAAUAUGAUGCGUACACUAUACACUGAAUGCGGCAGUCAACGAAAAGGCAUUUUAGUUUUUCCCGGAGGGUCACACAAUGACACUUGGAUCGUGGACGGUUAUUAUGAUGGUCUUCGAACAUUUUUAAAUGAAUGCCAGGACAUUGCUCCGCCUUUGGAAAAACCACCUAAAAAAAGUAAUGUUUGGCGUGAAAUACAGGAUGUUUAAGAGAAAACACCUCUCUCUGCUAUAGUUUUACUCCUGUGUAAUCUUGUUUUCUUUUAUAAAGCUUUUGUGUUAAUUUUAUUCACGUUUUUUUUUUCAUCGAAUUUUAUUUUUUU